AUGAACGAAUUAUCAAAGUACCUGAACGAGGCGCAAGCAGAGCUCAAAUCGACUCGAACGAGGAAGGAGAAGGAAAGUAGACUUAUGAGGUUGACGGAGAAUUAUCAAGUGAUGAAGAUCCAUUUAAUCAAAGAGAAGAUCAGUAACACUACUUUGGUCAGGGAGAAAGAGUCAUUGGAGAAGGAUAACAAGCGAUUGAGAAUGGAGUUGGAAGAGGUGAAGGAAAGUAUGAAGAAGAUUGACCGCGAGAUAAAAGAGACAAAGGACCAAGACGUCAAGGAAAAGGCAAAAACUCGUGAAUUGGAAGAACAACUUGCCGAGGAAAAAGAUUGGAUCGUAAAACAUCGUAAAGUCCUACAUAGCCGAUUCGAAACGAUAAACUCUCUCGAACAUCAACUAAGAUUUAGGGAUGAAGAAAUAACCAAGUUGAAAGAUACGAUUGAAAAGAAAGAGAAGACUCAGGGUGCGUUGAGAGAAAGAAUCAAGAGCUUUGAAGAUAAGUUACUUGAGAUGAGAAGAAGGGUGACACAGGAGUGA